ACGGUGGAGAGCUGGGGGCAGAUUGACCUGCUAGUGGCCGGAUGGGAAUGUCAGGGGCUGUCCAGGGCGGGCAAGGGCAGGGGGCUAUCGGACCCGCGCACCGGCCUCCUCCGGGAUCUUAUCCGAGUGAUGAAGCUGAUAAAGAGGAAACAAGGACCGCUAUCCUACAUAGUGGAGAAUUUGGAUGUGGCGGACGAUGAGCGUGCAUUGGUGAGAGAGGCUCAUCAAGCUGUGACGGCAGAGUUGGGACACGGGGUAGCCUGGGAUGCAGCACAAAUGGGGUCCCGGACUCACAGAGUGAGACGCUACUGGCAGAACUUGGUCCCGGAGCCAGUGCUCAGAGAUCAACUGAGUAGGAUGCAGCGGCCCGUGCCGCGGCAGGUCCAGGAUAUUCUAGAGCCGGGCAGGAGGCCGGCACCGGUAACGACCCCAGAGGUCAAGACACAGUUUCCCUGCAACCAAGUGGGAGAGCCGAGGCAAGCCUGGCCGACUUUGGUGGCAACACCUGGCAGUUACGCCUUUCGCAUGCAAGGCAGUGAGCCGGGACCCGGGAUGGUGCAAGUACUCGCUACGGGGCAAUGGGAGGAGCCUAUGGCGGACCUGCAAACGAUGCUGGAGAGCGACCCAGCGCAGGCGCUCGACAUGGCAGAGGCCUGGCAACGCAUGAAGGCGGAGGCUUGGGCUGAGGUAGAGCGAGGAGAGAACCAGCUGAAUAUUCGGGGGAUAGCGCUCCUGGCCAAAGCUAUGCAAGAAGCAGAAGCCGUGGAGGAGAUAAAGGAAGAAGGGGAAAGCAAGCCAGUAGAAGAAGAAAAGGGGCCACCGCAAGUCGACAGUCCACCGGCCUGGGAGAUGGGAGACGGGCUAGAGGAGGAGCAGAAGGGAGAGUUGCGGCGUGUACUGGAAGGGGCAAGGGGAGCCUUCGCUUACUCUCUGAAGGAGUUAGGCAAGUGCACCAUAGCUGAGAUGGAGAUAGAGCUGCAAAGCAACGAACCAGUGUAUCAGCGGAGAAGACGUAUGAGUCCAGGGGACAGAGACAUUGCUGUUGCAAAAUGCGCAGAGCUGUUGGAGGCGGGGUUGAUCAGGGAGUCCACAUCAGAAUAUGCAGCAGCGACAGUGGUAGCCGCAAGGAAGGAUCUAACCGGUGAAACGUUAGCCCGACGAAUGUGUGGGGAUUACCGAGGUCUUAACCGGAUCACCAAGAGCGACCGGUACCCAAUGCCCAUGGCCGAGGAGAUCUUCGACAAGCUGGCUGCAGGACAGGUCUACUCAACCUUGGACCUCCGUCAAGGAUUCAAUCAGAUACCAAUCAAGGAGGAGGAUAAGGCUAAGACGGCGUUUCAUGGGCCAGACAGACUGUACGAAUGGAAUUAUAUGCCAUUCGGGUUGAAGAACGCUUCAGCGAGGUUCCAGCGAGUGAUGGAUCAAGUGCUGAGGGAGGUACCGCGUGCACUCUGUUACAUAGACGACGUGGUAAUCUUCAGCGAAAACGGGUUGCAGCACGUGGCAGAUGUAGCCGACGCCCUAGCAGCAAUACAAGCGGCCGGACUGAAGUGCCAUCCAGGAAAGUGUCAUUUCGGGGUGAGGACAGUGGCGUACCUGGGGUUUCAGGUGGGGAAAGGAGGCCUCUCGGUGCAGCAGGCCAAAGUGGAGCACCCUCCGCGCUCAGCUGGGCUUUCUGAGCUACUACCGCAAGUUCGUGCCGAACUUCAGCAAGACGGCAAGGCCCUUGAAUCUGCUCCUGAGAGAGGACAUGACCUGGAAGUGGGAGGCAGAACAGGAUCUGGCGUGGAAGACCUUGAAGGAAGCAGUGAAGACCGCGCCUGUCCUGAAACUGCCAGCCCGGAUAAGCCCUACACGUUGUAUACUGACUGGAGCAGCAGUGGCAUGGGGGCAGUACUGUGCCAGCUGGAUGGGGGGACGGAGAGGGUAGUAGCAUAUGCCAGUCGGUCAUGCAGCCCAGCCGAAAGCAACUACAGUUCCUAUGAGGGGGAAGGGUUAGCCGCAGUCUGGGCGGUGGAACUCUUCCGGCCUUACUUGCAAGGCAGGAAAUUUACCCUAGUCACCGAUCAUCAACCUCUCCUGUGGCUGAUGACUAAUCAGACUCUGAAAGGGCGGAAUGCCAGGUGGGCCAUGCGGCUGCAGGAAUUCGAGUUUGACGUGAAGCAUCGGCCCGGGAAAACCCUGCAGCAUGUGGACGGGCUCUCCAGGCAGGGGCCAGCAAUAGCUGGGGAACCAGAGCUGUCGCAUAAAUCGCAUGAACGGAAAAGUGUCAUGAGAUAUAUGGGACAGCGCGGAAGGGAAGAGGUGUAGAAAGUGUAAGGAAAAUACGUAAAGAGGAUUGUUAUGCGGGGUAAUGUGGGGAAGUACAGUGAUGGGUCGAAAAGCUCAUGGGAUUGAGCGGGCGAGACAGCUGGAGGUGGCGAAUGGGAGACAGUGUCCAGCUCAGUGGGGACAGGAGCGGCUGGUUAGGUCGACAUGCAGAAGAGUGAGGGAGGUAAGGGGCCGGAUUCAGGGGGACAGCGAGGAGGCGUAAUCAUUAGUGCAGGUAAAAAGGCUAACCUCGAGGGAGUGAGGGACCUGGGUGACGGAGUGCCUUCGGCUAGGAGUAGCGUAAAGGAGCUUGUUCGUCGUAUGUCAGCUACUCUGUUUGUUCUCUCGUAACAUUGGGAAGGUUGUAUGGCUCUUGCUAGUGAAUACAUUUUUCUGAGCUAA